CAUUUCCAUAACACAAAAAUUUAACACUUUUAAAAAAAUAUUAUAAUAUAUAUAAGUGUAUAUGUAUAUAGGCGGGAGUUAUUGCAAUUUGGCGCCUAAUUUUCCCCAGCCCCCAAAAUUUUUCACACGGUCCCAAUUGACCAAAAAAAAAAGAAAAAAUCCCAUUUUCACAUGGUCCCAAUCGGUCCCCGAUUCCCCUCUCUCUCUCUUGUUUCUUUGUGUUUACCCCCCCUCUCUCUCUCUUCGUUUCUCAACCAAUCUGCCCAGGAGGAGGACGAUUAAGCUUGCCCAGCGUUUUCCUCUCUUCGUGUAAAUGUGUAUGAAUACCCAUUUUCAAGUUCGACAUUUUCAGUUCUUCUCUGCGCAGGCUUUGUUUUUCAAGUGGGUUUUUGACAUUUUCAAGUUCUACCCAAAAUGUAUGCAACACUACACUCGUUGCAGCAAACAAAGCUAAGUAACCCAUUUUUCUCUCUCUCUGUCACUCUUUUUUGAGCUUUGAUAGAGUUAUCUGAAGCUUGAACUCUCUUUCUAGCCAAAGAUAAAGAAAACCCACAAGGGUAAGGCUAAAAGGGAAGCGGUGACUGAGACUUUGGGGGUUUAAUGCCCUCAGCUCUGCCCUGUCCUUGCUUCUUCUUGUUCUACUUGAUUCUCCUUCUGGGUUCAUUAAGUGUUGGUUUGGCUGGUGAUAUGAUGAGGCACUUGUUCCAGCAGGAAAUCCUUUCCUUCUAGUAAAUGUUGAACCAGGAAAAACAUACCGUCUACGGGUGCAUAAUGUCGGUAUCUCAACUAAUUUUGACAGGAAUUCGCCACAGUAGUUAGUUGUGUGAGCGAAAAGCAAUAAUUUGAUUCAAAGUUUCGAUUUUGAAUUUUUCUUGCAAACGUUUCAUCUGGGUAUCAGUAUAAUUUCAAUUUUAGUCACCAUAAUUGCUUAAUAUGGUUUUUUUUUCUGGGUUAUUGAUCUCUUAUGUAAUUGAAGUUAAUUUUACUGCCACUGAACUUAUAUUUAUGUGAAUUUCCAUUUACUAAUGCAACAUUUUGAUUCAUAUCUUGUUAAUGAAUUUUCAUAAUUUAAUCUGAUAAAAAUCAAUUUUUUAGCUUGAGUUUAUACUGCUUUUAUUCAUAUUGUUUCUGAUAGUUUUUAGUAAAUUCUCUUACAUGGUUAAAUUGUGUCUACUGACUGCAUAGUCAAUGCAUUACUUCAUAAGACCACUCAAGAUAGUUUUAUAUGUAGUUAAGGAGUCUAAUUAGUUAGCAUCAGGAUUAGGACUCCUAGUGAGACUAAUUAGGCUCUUGGGCUUUCAUUAAAAUUUUCGACCUUUAUUUUUAAUACUUGUGCUCUGUAACUGUAAAUUUUCUAUAUAUAGGGAGCUUUGUAAGAUGAACUAUCCAUAGCAGAGAGCCAGCAAAAACCUUAGACACAGUAUUAAGAUGUAUUUCGAUGGAUAUGGGUAUCAUGGAACCUCAUUUGAGCAGACAUAUCGAUGUUACCCUUCAUCCAUUAUUGAUAAGCUACAACUUGAGAGUGGGGAUAAAACAUCUCUACAUAUAGAUCAUCCGAUGUUGUUUGAGCUUCGGAAUGACCCUGCAGAGAGGGUCUCUCACUAUGGGCUGUUAGAGUUUGUAGUAGAGGAAGGCACAAUCUAUAUGCCUUAUUGGAUGAUGGAAAAUAUGCUCUUACAAGAGGGAGACUUUGUGCGUGUGAAGAAUGUGACUCUUCCGAAGGGGACAUAUGUUAAAUUGCAACCCCAUACUAAGGAAUUUUUGGACAUUUCAAACCCAAAAGCUAUGCAAAAGAUGUUGUAAAAGAUUUGGAAAGAAGGUUACAAUAAGAACUCAAAAGUUCAACUACUCUCUUUGACGCUAUUAGAAACAAUGGUAAAGAACUGUGGGGAUUACGUUCACUUCCAAAUUGCCGAGAGGAAUGUAUUAGGGGAGAUGAUCCAAAUUGUGAAGAAGAAGGCAGAUAUGCAAGUGAGGGAGAAAAUCUUGGUCUUGCUUGACUUUGGGCAAGAAGCUUUUGGUUGGCCUGGAGGAAAGCAUUCUCAAUAUUAUUGGGCAUAUGAUGAAUUAAGGCGUUCUGGAGUAGAAUUUCCCAAGCGUUCAUUAGACGCCGUCCCUAUUUUUACACCCCCUGCUUCACAUCAGACCAUGGGUCGUCCUCAACCUGGAUAUGGAAUGCCUAGCAAUGCUUCAAGAAGGCUUGAUGAAACUAUGGCUACAGAAAUUGAGAGUUUGAGCUUGUCAAGCAUGGAGGCUAUGCAGAAUGUCCUGGAACUCCUAAGUGACAUGCUAUAGGCAGUAAAUCCUGGUUAUUCUGCGGCUGUAAAAUAUGAAGUGAUAGUUGAGCUUGUUAAUAGGUGCCGCACCAACCAGAAAAAGCUGAUGCAGAUGCUCACUUCAACUGGCUCUAGGGAGAUUUUCCUUUGGUCACAACAAUCAUCUCAAGUCAAUUGCUGCAGUAUAUUGGAAGCAUACUGGGUCUCCUUUGAGUUCCCUGCCUUCUUUGGCUCAUAGAAGAAGUCCAAGUAGUGUUGUUCCAUCUUAGAUUGGUCCAAUAUCGAGAGUUGGCACUGACAGCUUGUCUCUUGUUCGAGAUGGAAGGGUCUGCACUAGCAGCCCUCUUGCUACUUCUGGAUUGGCCCGGUCCUUUGGCAUCGACUCCUUUUGGAUUGGCCUGAUCGUCGUCAUGGCUUGAUAUGAAUGGAGGAGGCUUGUGUUAACAGAGAUAAGCCAUCAUCAUCUGAGAAGUGGGUGAAGAGAGAGCAUGUUGAUGCACGUUUAAGAGAAGAGCUCAAAAAAGGAAAGUGGCUAUGGUUGAUGUUGCUCUUAUACUCCUUGGUAAAAUGAUUUCAAGGGAUCUUAUAAAUAUGUUGGUUGUACCCCAAGAUGUCUGGGACCUCAGGUUAUUCAAACGAAUUCCAUCAAUACUACACAAGAGGGAUCUUGGAAGCAUGAAGCAUAUUUUUUGUUUCCAGUUCAUUUGGAUGGAACAUUGUUGGACAAUGCUAACACUAUGAAAGCUAAAAAGGAGUUAUUCUCAACCACCGAUGUUCUUCAUAUAUUUCGACAGUUUUGUCCAGGACUCGAGCACAUGCACAAUUUAGAUCCACCAUAUGCUCAUAAUGAUGUCAAGCCUGGUAAUGUCCUCAUAACUCAUGGGAAAGGACAACCACCACUAGCCAUAUUGAUGGAUUUUGGCAGGGCUCGACCUGCAAGGAAGCAUAUUCAAUCUUGUUCUGAGGCACUAGAAUUGCAAGUGUUUUUUUUGUUCCCCCAGUAGAACACACACACACAUGCAAUGCAUUUGUUACCCUACUAUGAAUGACAUUCAUCCAAUGCUUUGGUAUUUGUAUGAGGAAUGGGCAACUGAGCAUUGUUCAGCACCUUUUUGAGCUCCUGAGUUGUGGGAUUGUCCAAGUAAUGCAGAUAUCGAUGAGAGAGCUGAUAUUUGGUCAUUAGGAUGCACUUUAUAUGCGAUAAUGUGAUAAUGUUUUUUACCAUGUGAUUUAAUAUUUAUUGGUUUAAGUUUUUGGGUCUUUGUCUCCUGAGAGCUAUAAUAUAAUUUGAUGACAGUGUUGAAUGUUUUAAAUUAAUUUGUGGAUUGUUAAUACAAUGUUGAAUGCUUUUUA